CGCUCUAGUUUGGCACAAUGCUGGCCCGGUUUUGCCUUUUGGUGAUAUUUCUUCGUCUGCAAUUUGGACUGGCCAAGAACAACUAUGACAUUGCAAUCAAGUCACUGAGCUGCAAAAUUAUAGCCAAGACAUAUGUCAACAACUUUGAUUGUAUACUUGUGCGACAAAGGACGGCCGUGGUAGCGGUCAAAUUUAGUUUAAAUCAAACCAUCGAGCACUUCGACGUACACGGCACAUUUGACUUUCUGAAAAAGGAUAAAAACCGCAUGAAUAUAGCCGACAUGAAGAUGGACGGAUGCAAGUACCUGGGAUCGAUGUACCAAAACAACAUCGUUGGCAAAUUGUUCAAAAGGCUCAAGUCCGUCAGCAAUUUGCCAGCCAACUGUCCUGUUUUGAAGGGAAAGCUGUACGAGAUCCGCAACUACACAUUCAUUUCGGACGAAUUCCCGCCAGGAGCUCCGCAGGCCAAAUGGCAAGUGCGACUGAAAAUGCUGAAGAGCUCCGAACUGGUGGCGGACGUAUCAAUUGAGGGCGCUGUGGUCUAUAAUACGUGAUGUUGAUGCAUAAUGGAUGCGACUAAAUGCGAAUUCUCCACAACCAUAACCGCUUGCUG